CGCCCCUGUUCUCGAGUUCUCCACUCGCCGCACGCGACCCAAGCGGCCAAGCAACGAACCGCCUCCUGAUCGGCACCGCACGGCGGCCAGGGUCCAGAGCUGCCAUCGCUUGAUCGGCGAUCGGUUGCAGGUGGCGGAUAGCAGGAUUGCAGGAAUCAAUCUAAUUUCAAAGCCACAACUCGAAUUCAACUAUCGAAGUGUCGAACUGAAUUCAGGCAGCUAGGCAGCGCUUUUGCUCUCAUAUUGUCCAGGCAGCAGGCUGCAGUACAAAAGUGCAAGACUAAGUGUAAAACAUGAAGAGUAAGAAUACUGGGACUACUGAUUUGAGAGCUUUCAUGAAAAGAGUUGUUGCAAAAAGAAAACAACCUGAACCAACGAGUGCUACCCCAUCUUCCAAUGAAAGUCAGAUGCAAUUGGUAAUUUUUGAAGGGCAAAGUGGUAGUGAGACACACACAAUACCACCUGAACCUGAGAGAGCUCCUCAAACAGAGGCCCCAAUAGCAGAAGAUGAUGAUGAAUCUAUGGCCCUAGAUGAAUCUGAUUCUAGUGAUGAGGAUAGUGAUGAUGACAUUUAUAACAUCGAGCCUGAUCCUGGGUUGAGGACUCCUAUCUCAAGCUAUGAUGUUAAUGAACGAGAUUCAGUUAGAAGGGCCUACAUUGCAUUGGGACGAUGUAAACCAAAGAUGCGGAAGAAAGAUUUUCUGCAACAUGACUGCGGAGGUAAGCGUCGCUUCCAACCGGCUUGGUUUGAUGAGUAUAAGUGGCUUGAGUAUAGUGUGGAUAAAGAUGCUGCAUAUUGCUUUUUUGCUAUUUGUUCAAAGAUAGUACUAAAUUUGCUGGUGGAGAUAGUUUUGUUAAUGGAGGGUUCAGAAAUUGGAAUAUGAAAGCGGGAUUUCGUAAGCAUGAUGGUGAGGUGAAUACUGCUCAUUGUGAAGCCGAAGAGAAAUAUAAUUUGUUCAUCAAACCUAAAGCAUCAAUCCGUGAGGCCAUUUCCUCACAGACCACACAGUACAAGGCUGAGUAUCUAGCUCGAUUAAAAUGGUCACUUGAGUGCAUAAAAUUUAUUUUGCAUCAGGGGUUGGCUUUUCGUGGUCAUGAUGAGGGAAAGGAUUCUAAAAAUAAAGGAAAUUUCCGAGAACUUUUGCAAUGGAUGGCAGGCAACUUUGAAGAAGUUAAUAAGGUUGUUUUAGGAAAUGCUCCACAGAAUUGUCAGAUGAUAGAUCACAAGAUUCAAAAACAGCUUAUUAGUUCUUGUGCUCAUGAAACAACAAAAUUUGUCAUAGAGGAACUUGGUGAUGAGUGUUUCGCAAUUCUUGCUGAUGAAUCUAGUGAUGCAUACCAACAAGAACAGUUAGCUCUUUGCUUGCGAUUUGUCAAUAAAAUAGGGGAGCCGGUUGAAAGGUUUCUUGGUCUUGCUCAAGUUGAGGAUACUACAUCAUUGACUCUUAAAGAAGCAAUUCAGACCUUGCUUAUGAAGUAUCAACUGCCGAUAUCCAAGGUACGUGGGCAAGGGUAUGACGGUGCGAGUAACAUGAAGGGUCAUGUUAAUGGUUUGAAGAAACUAAUCAUGGAAGAUUCUCCUUCUGCUUAUUAUGUUCAUUGCUUCGCCCAUCAGCUUCAACUAACCCUUGUAGCUGUUGCUAAGGAGAAUAUUGAUUGCAAAUGGUUCUUUGGGCACCUUGCAUAUUUGUUGAAUGUUCUUGGGAUGUCAUGUAAAAAGAUCCGCAUGCUUCGCGUAGCUCAGGCUGAGUAUAUGAUUGAAGCAUUGAAACUAGGUGAAAUUGAAGCUGGCCAAGGUUUGAAUCAAGAGAUGGGCCUAGCAAGGCUCGGUGACACACGAUGGGGAUCUCACUACAAAACGGUAAUGCAUGUUAUGUCUUUGUAUCCUUCAAUCAGGAAAGUUCUCUUUAGGCUUGGGAAAGAAAGUAAUUCGGCAGAGGCUUUAGGAGCUCAAACUAUGUUGGAAGUAUUUAAAUCAUUUGAGUUUGCUUUCAUGUUGCACUUGAUGAAUGAAAUAUUUGGGUACACAAGUGACUUAAGUAACGCUUUGCAAAAGAGGGAUCAAGAUAUUGUGAAUGCAGUUGAUCUUCUCGAGUUCACAAAGGUACAACUGCAAGUUCUAAGAGAAGAUGAUGGAUGGAAAGAAUUCCUUAAGAAUGUCACUUCUUUUUGUGUGAAGCACAAUGUCAGAUGUGUUGACAUGGAUGGGAAGUACAAGCCUAUACAAAGAGCAAGAGCGUUCUAUAAAAAUGCCAUGAAUUACCACCGGUUCCAUGCUGAUAUGUUUUUGGGUGUCAUUGAUAGGCAACUUCAAGAGCUUAAUAACAGGUUUGAUGAGGUAAACACGGAGCUACUUAGAUGCAUGGCAUCAUUCAGUCCAGCCAAGUCAUUUUCUUCUUUUAAUAUUGAUGACCUGGUUAAGCUUGCUGGGUUCUAUCCUCAUGAUUUUGACUUUGAAGAAAUGCACCAACUUCCUUUUCAAUUGAAUCUCUAUAUUACUGAUGUGAGGAAUGAUGAAAACUUCACAAACUUGAGAAGUCUAGCAGAGUUGUCUAUGAUGCUUGUUAGAACAGGGAGGGCUCUUCGGUAUGAUAUUGUUUACAAACUUCUCAAAUUGGUGCUAGUCCUUCCUGUUGCAACAGCCGGUGUUGAGAGGGUCUUUUCAUCAAUGAACUAUAUAAAAAACAAGCUAAGAAGCAAGAUGGGGCAAAAAUACUUAAAUGGUUGCUUGGUCACAUUCAUUGAAAAUGAUUUCUUCUUGCAAGUUAAGGAUGAGGACAUUAUCACACAUUUUCAAAGCAUCAAGGAUCGCAAAGUUAUCCUGUGAUUUGUAAGUUUUCAUCGAUCCUAUAUAUAUUUUAGAUUUUGCGAUGAUAUGUUGAACAAUGUUUUUUACUUCCAUAUGGUGAACAAUACCAAGUUAUGAUCAAUUUUUGUGAAUAUAAUAUAUU